AACCAGUUUCAAGUCAGCUCUCAAGCGGUAGAGUCGUCGCCGUCCACAUUCAGUAAUUUUACCCCGUUCCACUCACACUCUCCACACACUCUCAAAGUUUCUGUGCAUUCAAGUGCAACUAAAAUAAGUAGCUGUUUCUUUUGUGUUGUUUUGCCUUGUGUUUUUGCAAAACAACAACUUGGAGGCAAUUUACAUAGGCGAACGCUGAGAAAAGAAAACCGCCAAAAUUGGUUACCUAACGAAAACUUCGUUUGUGCUACGGGACGGCAAACUUAACUGUCGUGCCAUCAAGAACCUCUGCAUAUAUUCCUAUCCCAAAUCCCUUGCAUCAUCUUCCUUGCAUCAAAUUCCUAUUGGGAUUCGUCUCCAAUAAACAAAAGAAGACGAUAUGGGCUUCAGUUCGCGAAUGGACUGCUGCGGGCAGUUCGUCAAGUACAGCCUUUUCGUAGCCAACUUUGUGAUAUUCGUGGGUGGAGCCAUUGUCUUCUGUCUUACCCUAUGGACCCUCGUGGAUCGUAGCUUUGUCAACGAGUUGCUCGGAACAAACCUCUUCUCGGGAGCUGUCUAUGUCCUGCUCGUUACAUCAGUCAUCAUCUGCCUGGUGUCCUUUUUGGGUUGUGUAGGUGCUGGAAAGGAGGUCAAAUGCCUGCUACUUACGUAUUUCAUAAUCGUGGCUUUAGUUUUCGUCACCAUGCUAAUUGGCGGCGUCUUGGGUUACGUGUUCCGUGAACGAGUCCAGCAGACCAUGCGGCAGGAAAUGCGGUCAACGAUGGCUUUAUAUGGCAGCAGGAGGGAGAUCACCCAGGCCUGGGAUUUGACCCAGGAGCGGCUGCAGUGCUGCGGAGUGGACACGUGGCACGACUGGAAUAGGUAUGGACCGGUGCCCGAGUCCUGCUGCCAGGAACUUUUUGGAGGCCAGCGCAAGGAGUGCACCAUCUUUCCCACCAUCACGAAUCUGUAUAACCAGGGCUGUCUCUAUGUGACGACCAACUUCAUCAGGGAUCAUGCCGCGGUUAUUGGCGGCACCUCCAUUGCGGUGGCCAUUCUGAUGAUCUUUGGAAUGAUAUUUUCGUGUCUAUUGUUCAACAUGAUCGAAUAGAGGCAAUGAGAUACCCAGGCCCACAUUCCCAAAGAGUGUAUGAUAAAGUUGACUCCACGCAGUUCAACUGUCCGUUUGUAUUAUGUAUGUAUAUACGUAUUUAGAUAAGUAUUCAAGAGCGAUUAUUCGGAUUGUAUUGUUAUUAUCUGUUGCAUAAUUUUGUAUUAUUUCUUUGUAAUUCUGUAAAUUUAGUCGUAAGCCCCCGUAACCAAUACCCCGAUUCUUAGCUUUAAGUAAUCUUAUCUAAUGUUUAUCAAGAAUUUGAAUGUCCGCCCAUUGUUGUUUCUAAUAAAAUUAGUUGAAA